UGAGGCGGCAGAAACUGGGCAUGCCCAGCUCGUCCCGGUGCGGAGGGCGGGGGAGAGGAGGCUGCACAGGAGAGACGGAGCAAGACGCUGGAAGAGUUGAGAUUUCUUUGAGGUGUAAAAACACGACGAGGAGCUGUCAGUUUUACAACACCACGUCUGUUUCCACGUGACGUUAAACGCACCGUCUCCGUCGCUUCCACAUCCUCUCAGGACACACACACACACACAAACCAGGAGCGGAGGAAGCGGAUCAGUGCGGACCGCAGUGGGCUGCAGCAGACGGCAAUGCAACAUCUCAUCGUCUCAGGCACUGGGUAAACAAACGCUGCUGCUGCUCCACAGACAGCAUCAGGUUUUCUGGAUGAAGGAUAGGGAGCUGUUGGAGGUGUCCCUUGGGCAUGUUUGUCCUCUGGCCGUUCAGCCUGUGUCUGGGCUCUGCACACAGAUGCUCUGGGAGGGAGAAGAAAGACCAAUUAAAAAUAAACUGACAUACACCACCAGCAAAAGAACAGAAAACAAACCAACAAAUUAAAAAAAAGGACAAAGAAGAAGCUCUCUUUGUUUGUGUCUCUUUCAGCCUGUUUGACCCUCUUUCUGCUCCAUUUCGAUUUUUCUGUCCUCAUUACCUGCCAACGGGGGGGUCAUGUCCCAUUCUGGAAAAGUCCUUCGUCUCUAUGUGGAAGUGAGGUCUGCCCCAGAUCAGAAUGGAGGGAAAGGGGCAUUUGGAGAAAAGGAAGAAGAGGUUGCCCCGGGGCAUUCAGUUCAGGACAGUCCUGCUGAGCUCCUGUCUCAGCUGGCAAGCCAGACGACCUGCCAGACUGUCAGUAAGUCUGCAGCUCAACAUCUGGUUCAGGACUGCACACACAGCCAGUCUCCAUCUCAAAACACCGUUAGCUCUCAGCUCCAGCAAGCCAGCCACUCUCCACCAGUGCCCUCUUCUGAAAAGAUCACUGCCCCUUGCACAUCUCCCAGCUGCCGAAGGUUUAAUGAGGGAGACGUCAGCAACGGGAAGCGGUCUGUGGUCACCUUCAGUUAUAUUGAGAAGUCGAAUGUGAAGACUGUGGGAAGUCCACGCAACUCUGUGUGCGAAAGAGCCACCAAAGAGGAAGGAUUAACCCCGUCCUGCUUUCAAAAACGCCUCAGCGACCCAGUUUGGUUCGGGAGUCCCAAUUCAUCGUGCGGUUCCAGUCCCAAGCUGACUUUCCAGUCACCAGGAAGUCACCAGCAGAUUUUCUCCUCCAGCCUUCGACAUCCAUCCCUAGACCCUAUCGGCCGGGCAGCUACUCAGAGGGCUGUGGAGGAGUUUGGCUCCCCUUUGUUGAGGAUUAAACUAGCCCAUGCACUUGAGGACAUGUCUUUCUCACACUAUAACCAGCACCCACGCUGUCAGUCCUGGGCUGGGUCUCCUGUUCACCAUCAGAAAAUCAGCAUAAACCCUAAAGAUCAUGUCACAGAGAGGAGCCAGGCAAUUUGUGGGCUGCCUCGGAGUCCAGCGUCAGACCAGCUAUCCUUCCAGUCCAGGCACUCUUCUAACUCCAGGCUAGGCUCCUGUGUGGAGUCCCAUAGUCCUCGCUGGUCAGGAGAGGACAAACCUGUUGCAGAAAGCCCAUCCACCAAAAAACAUGUUCACAGGGCUUGUAACAGGAGCACUUCACCACAGGGAGCAGUCCUCCAUAUUGGCAAUAACAUAAUCGAGGGCCUGAACCAGUUAAGUGACAGCAAAUCCUCCUCUCCAGCUCAUAGCCCUGAAGCUGCCCACAGGCUGGGACAGGAGGCCACCAAAGGAUCUUCUGUUUUCAUAGAGGCAAAGAGGUCCUCAUUGCACAAUGCUUUAAGUGAGCUUUCAAGCAGCUCAAACCCUGGAGAAUCCCACAGUUCAGUUCCCAGUGCACAACAGUAUAAGCAGACUCUUAAGAUGAACAUCCCUUUAAACGAGCAACACAUGCCAACAGCUGACAACACAGACUCUCACCAGCCUGAAAAGUCUAUCUUACCGUCCCAUUCACACAAAACAAACUCCCUUACUAAUUCUGACACACACCAGGAGGACUGCAUUCAGAAAUCCCUGCAGCAGUGCUCAAUACUGUCAGCAGCUCGGAGUUCCCCCGCCCUUCCCUCACGUGUCCUCCGUCCCACUCAUCCACCCAAUGAGUUCAGCUCUCCCUUGAGGGACCCCAGGCUAUCCCAGUCUGAGCUCCGAGCACUGGAUACUCCCACCUUGCAUCGGCGUCAGCCCCCACAGUACACCGGAGGCUCUUGGCACCCGAGCCUAGAUGGGAGAGGAGACCUGAGCUGUUUAGAGAAAGGGGACUGUGCCGAGCUUGCUCGUAGGCUCUUCAUCAAUCAGAGAGUUGAGGAGGCACCCAUUAGCUGGACGUCCAGGCAGCAUUGGGGGAUUCAUGUGGAGAGCAGCCCAAGACCAAGCCUUGGGACUGGAACUGGGUCCAACAAUGAGCAGACUGCUGAUCAUCAAUCCAGUCACCAUCCCAAGCCACUCAGCCCCACAGCCCAACAGAAACGGGCUGAGCUGAGGAGGAGAGAGAUCCUGUUGCUGGGACCAGUGGUGCUGGACUCUCCAGAGGAGGACGAGGGUUGUGAUGAGGAAGAACAGGGAAACGAGAUGGAAGAAUAUGGGGCAGGCCAGCAGCCGCCCCCGCAAAGGGGUGAGGAAGGGGAGGCAGAGCAGAAUGGAGCCAUGGUAGGGUCGUCCUCACGGAGCUCCAGUGGGGUGACGGGCAGUCUGGGAGACAGGGACUGUGUGUCCCCAGAGAACAGUCAGUCCAGUCACCACAGCAAUGAGACUGGGGUGGCCACCUCAGGAAUACAGACGGACAGUGGCAGUGCAGCGCCCGUACCCUCACUCCACUGUCAGAGGAUAGCACGUGCCAAGUGGGCGUUUUUAUUCGGGACCCCUGCUGAGGAAGCUGCUGGCAGGGGGGAGAAAAAUUCUCUAGAAGCCUCCACAGCCCCUCCUAGUGGUAACUCCAGCGAGUCUCCCACCCCAACUCCUCCCUCCUCCCUGCCUCUGCUUUCUGCCAAUCAUGAGGUGCAGCAUGUGGAGGUAGAGCUGGUGACCCCUCCCCCGGCCAUUAUCGGGACAUCACCCAAAACCGGCAUCAUUCGCCGGACGUUGAAGUAUUCAGAAACCGACCUGGAUGCUGUCCCGCUUCGUUGCUACCGUGAGACAGACAUAGAUGAGGUGCUGCUGGCUGAGCAGGAUGAUGCCGACUCUGCAUUUGGGAGUAACCGCAGUGUGCAGGGCACGUCAGGGACAGGCAGCAGCCCUCUGGGAGGUCUGGCUUUUGGGAGGACAGAUGUGGAGGAAGUAGAGGAGAGGAGAGGGGGAGAGGAGGAGGAAGAAGAGGAGGAGGACGAUGAAGAAAUGGUGAGCUGGGCCAGUGUGAGGAUGCAAGGGGACAGCAGGAAGCAGCAGUAUGCAGCUCAGGAGGAGCCAGAGGUGUUUGGGCACCUCCUGAAGAGACCAAUGGAAACGUUUUUCGACAACCACCACCCAGCCCUGAAAUCCCCCAUCUUAGUCUCGGGUCCUCGCUGUGCUACAGAAGACACCUUCAGCCGCCACUUUGAGUGCAUCAUGGAGUCUCACCGAGCCAAAGGGACGUCGUACAACAGCCUGGACAGUGAGGAGCUGCUGACCUCCAGCACCCAAACUGUCCUGACCUUUGAUCUGCCCACACUGACCCCUGCCAUCCACGGGCCAAUCUGCCAGAGCGCCAGGCAGAUAGUCCAGCUCAGCUUUGCUCCACUGGCACACGAUGAGAGGCCCAGUCUCUCUGAUUCGAUCUUAACUGUAACUGGGGACUCGGACGCCACCAGAGCCCCCUCCAGCGAGAGGCUGAGCAGCGGGUCAGAUGAUACACCGCCCAGAGGACGACAGUGUGCACAGCUGGGGAGCAGCUGGGACAGCAACCCCUCUUUCUCUUUAAUAAGCAGGGAGAAGGCCCGUCUGGCGACGGAUUCGGAGCUGGACCAGGACCAGGACCUCAGUGACAGACUUGGUCUGAGCAGAAGCGACACCUUCACCAACGGCAGCCACCCAAACGCCAGCCACCGUGCCGAUGUGGCAGCCGCCAAACGCCUCGCCAAACGUCUCUUCAACUUGGAAGGCUUCAGGACGUCCGACGUAGCACGCCACCUCAGCAAGAAUAAUGACUUUAGCCAUAUGGUGGCAGAAGAGUACCUGAGUUUCUUCAACUUCACUGGUCUCACCCUGGACCAAGCUUUACGGACUUUCCUCAGGCAGUUUGCCCUGAUGGGGGAGACUCAGGAGAGGGAGAGGGUGCUGUCACACUUUUCUAGGCGUUACUUGGACUGCAACCCAAACGUCAUGCCAUCAGAGGACGCGGUCCACACUCUCACCUGUGCCCUAAUGCUGCUGAACACUGAUCUACACGGUCAAAACAUUGGCAAGAGGAUGUCGUGCACACAGUUCAUUGGCAACCUGGAAGGACUGAAUAACGGCCAAGAUUUUCCCAAGGACGUGCUUAAAGCUCUCUACAACUCAAUAAAGAAUCAGAAGCUACAUUGGACACUCGACAAGGAAGAGCUGCGGAAGUCAUUUUCGGAGCUUGGGGACAGCCUGUGCGAUUCCAACACUCCCAGAUCCAUGAAGGGGGUGGGUGGCAGCGGGAAGCACAGGUCAGAUGAGAUGCAGCCCUUGGGAACGCUGCUGUACAAAAACGGGUUCUUGGUCCGCAAAGUCCACGCUGACUCGGAUGGCAAGAGAACACCAAGAGGAAAGCGAGGGUGGAAGACCUUCUACGCCAUCCUGAAAGGGCUGAUUCUCUAUCUGCAGAAAGGGGAGUAUAGGCCUGAUAAGCAGCUGUCUGAUGAGGACCUGAAGAACGCUGUGUCCAUCCACCACUCUCUGGCCAUGAAAGCUUCAGACUACAGCAAAAGGCCCAACGUGUUCUACCUGCGGACGGCUGACUGGAGGGUAUACCUCUUACAGGCACCGAACGCAGAACAGAUGCAAUCUUGGAUCACACGAAUCAACACGGUGGCCGCCAUGUUCUCAGCUCCUCCCUUCCCAGCAGCCAUUGGCUCGCAGAAGAAGUUCAGCCGGCCACUGCUGCCAGGAACGAUGUCCAAACUGUCUGAGGAGGAGCAGGUCAGAUCCCAUGAAGCUCGAUUCAGAGCCAUCUCCACGGAACUGGCUGAGCUGCGCUCUUAUCCUCCUGACCGCAAGGUCAAAGGGCGCGAGCUGGAAGAGUACCGCCAGCGAGACGAGUAUCUGGAGUUUGAGAAAACACGGUACGGGACUUACAUCAUGCUUCUGCGAGCUAAAAUCCGAAGCGGUGAGGAGGACCUGUCUGUGUUUGAGUCGCAGCUCCUGGAGGACAACGCGCUGCAGAGGGCUCACUCCAGUCCCACGCUGCAGGACAGCAGCCAGGCCAGCAUCGCCAGCAGCACCCGGGACGGAGGCAACAGCAGCAAAGCCAGUGGCUGCAGCAGUAAGCUUCGGCCGGAAGGCCAGAGGCACAGCUACCGACAGGCAGUCAAAAAGUGAGAAGGGGCGGGGGCGCCGGGAGCGGCACGGCGUUGCACUGCCAGCGGCAGGCUGUCUCCCUGCAUAGGUUUUUAUUAGAGAUCCAGAAGGCUUUGGAGCUCUGCUUGAUGGGGGAGGAGGAGUGAGGGUCUACCCCACACCCUCCCCCAACUAUGACGCCCUACCCGGCACCCCAGUCUUCUUACCUACAGAGGCGCUGCAGAUCCUGUGACUGUUAGCGUGGCUGGAAACCCCAGCGAGGAUGUUGGAGCAGAAGGUGGGGAAGUCACAGACCUGCAGACACGAGGUGUCUUUGAGAACGUUCGCUGGGUGCGGCAGCUGACUGUACUGUGCACUGAGAUACAGAGGAUGCCUGCAGAUUGAGCAGGGCACCACAUGGGGACCUACAUCCAGCAUCCUUUGCUUUUCUCCCCUUUGUUCUUUCAAGACACCUCUAUGACCAUGCUCUCCCUCCUUAUUUUGUGACCGUUUGGGACCAACCACAUUUACACAUUUUAAAACAUCACAUCCUACACAACUGAGGAUUUGAUAUCAGAUGGAUUGUUACCGCUACUCUGAUCUGAAGUGCUGUGACAGUUCCUGGACUUGUCAUAUAUCAGCAGGUCUCCCGGAGCCAUUACAUUCCAGUUCCUUGUUUUGCCACAUCACCAUGGUGUGUUCACAUUCCACACAGGAGCCUGGCGGAGCAGCUUUUAGCUCCUGUGCGUAUUUCACUAAGGGCGGCGUCAAACUGAAUCUUCUGACAGUGCACAACACGUAAUGAAGAAGAGCUGAGGGUGCAGCAUGAGAUGGUGCAGCUCGUCUCUCCUCUCCUCUCCUCUCUACUGAUGGCCAUGUAGAGGCGACAGCAUCAGUAAAAGUUCACAGUGCUCCUGAUAUGCAGCAACACAACUGUAUCUCAUAAGGAGACGUCUUCUUUUUUGCUCUACUUGAACAGACGAUCUCUUUCCCAGUUGCUUUUGCUUCUGUCCUGUGACGUGCUUUUGUUCUCUUUCUACUUCUUAGCUGAAUGUUGUUUUCUCCGGUGAUCCGCAUGCCUGCAUCCAGCUCAGCUUCUUUUAGGCCUUUUACUACUUUGGGGGCAAACCCGAGGGCAGCACAGUCGUUCUCUGGGCUCAUUCAGGCCUUUCUUCUCAUGCCACUGCCAUAUCCCAACAUGUAAUCCUUGUCUGUAUGUAUAACCUCUCAUUUAUGAGCCCUAUUUUAACACUCACCAGGCAGACCCUGAAUGUUCUUGUUUUUUCAGUAUUUUUACAGUAUUUUACAGUUGUUUGUUGAUGUUACUCCUCCUGUGUACAAUAAGUCUAUGAUGAAGUCUGAUACUGGAAAUGUAAAAGGAAAUAUGUUAUCCAUACUCUUUGUAAACAUCCAGGAUACGUUGUACAUAACGCUGAACACUUAUAUUGUAGGCUAUAUUACAGUAUAUUUACAAUAUAUUCAACACACUAUGAUGAGAUUUAUUAGACAUAUACAAAGACGACAUCUUGUAAGUCUGAAAAACUAAUCAUGUGUUUAGAUUUUUCCUUACAUGGUGGUGAUAAUUCAGCACAAUAUGAGUAUUAUAGUAAAGCCUAUGUACCUGUCAAAGAUUAGUAAGUGAUCAUGUGAGGAUUUCAGUUCCUGGGGGAAAUAUUCCAAAGACAGCAGGAUUUUAAUUGGAUUGGGUUUAAUGUUUUUGUUAAUGCAUGAAGAAGGUGAAGAGUCUCAAAAAUGGAAGAGAGCGUGGUAAUAAAAAGUCCUUAUUUAGAAGGUAGUGGGGUCUAAAUACUGAACCACAUAAUGUUUGGAAGAAAGGAUUUGAGUAGCCGCAAACACCUCAUAGCAUUAUCGAUAUAUAGCCAUUUUCUACUCAGGCUUUAACCGACACCUUGAGCAGCUGCAGUGCCAGCGUCCAACCAGCAGGGAGAGCUGUCAGCGUUCACUUACGUUCUUUCAGCCAUAAUCACACCUGCUGCACCUGCAGUAAAUAUGCAUGGCAUCGCCCACUCACCCGAGGACGGGGGUGGGUACUGGCAGGGCUAAAUGACACAGCUAUGGAUGUCACGUCGUGUGUGAGUGUGUGUCUGUCUCUGGUUUGUAGAUGUUGGCGUGUGCAUGGUGUGGCUGGAUGUUCAGAGGAGGCUAUUUCACAGGGCUGUAAGAACUUUCCAGCCAGUUUCACGCUAUCUAAUGCAACUUUCAUCCAGCUUCGGUUCCCAAGACGUUAACUAAAUGUAUAGUUUGAAUUUGUACAGUUUCUAGAACAGAAGAUUGAAUAUUCAGGCUUAGCAGGGCAUAGUGUUUGCAUCUCAGUCAUGUUUCUGUCUGUUAGAGCUCAAACUAUUAGUCAAUAUACUCAUUAGAUGAUCAACAGGAAAUUAAUCUGCAGGUAUUUUAAUAUGUUUAUUGUUUAGGUGAUUUUUCAAAAUGCCCAAUAGCCCCCAGUUCCAGCUUUGUAUUAAUGAGGAUUUACUUCCUUUUUCUUCUCAUGUGUAGUAAAACUCAGUAUCUUUGCAUUUUAGUGUUUGCUGGAUUAAUAGAAAUAUGGCUGCAACUAACAAUUGUCCAUAAAACUCAGAAUGAUUAAUCAGUUAUCAAAAUAGUUGCAGAUUAUUUUUUAUCAAUUGACUAAUUGAUUGCUUGAUUAAUCAUUGUACCUUUAAAAAGGAUCCAUUAAAAGAAACAGUGCUGAACAAUUAGUCCAUAAUGAAAAUAAUCAUUAGUUGAAGCUCUGCUGAGUUUUAUUUUCAUCUCAACAUCUGCUUUUCUCACCUGCACGCCCCAUUUUCCUUUUCCUCUGUCUCUGUUCAUUGUGGUGCUUUUAAAAAGUUUGUAUGUUGUUGCCAUAACUGACAUUGAGACGUUACAGCUUUGUGUUUAUUAACAGUGUUGGAGCCUGCUGUUUAUAAUGUGUCACAGAGCAGCCAGUCUCAUGAUGAGAAUAUACCAGUAGUGCAUAAAUAUUAGAGCACUUCUCAGAGCUCAUCCUGAAACUUAAGUCUUUUUAUUCCACACUUAAGCAGCUAUGUUAAAGUAACCUUUUUGUGUAUUGUUUAGACACAGUGUAGACAUUUUUCACGCAAUGCAUUAUUAACUGAACCAAGCAGCCACAGCUUGCACAUAUAGUUUUGCGCAGAUGUAUAUUUUACAAAACAACCUCACCACCAGGUCCGUUGCUCAGUGUUCUGGAGCUUCUGAUUGUAUCACGCGCUCUUCUCCUUCACAUGGGGUUUGUCCAGCUCCCAAGAAUACAUAGUUAAUCAGAUUUCCUCUAUUUCUCCAAGCGCUUUGUUUUUGUCAGCUGAUUUUUCCAAGGUUAGGACUGAACUCGCAAUCUCACAUGUACAUGCCAACUGAAACUAUUAAUUGAACUAAGUGAAAUUUACCUGCAACUGUUUUGAUUAUCAAUUAAUCUUUGCAGGUAUUUUUUCAAGCAAGUAAGCCAGAAAUUCUCAGCUUUUCUUUAACGGUAAAUUUAUUUGUAUGCUGGCGUGUUAAUCAGACAAACCAAGCAACAUAAAAAUGUCAAAUUUGAAUGUCAGAAUUGAUGUUUUUCACAAUUUUCUUACAUUUUACAGACUGAUUAAUUGGGAAAAUAACCUUUAUAAUAUUCACAAAGAUUGUCAUUUAUUAUGAUUUAAAGAACUAAUAGAUGAUCAUUCAACUGAAAAGUUUAAUUGAUUUUUUUUUUACUAACUGGAGACUGCACUGAAACAACAUCUAAACUAAGUAAAUCAAAUCAAACAUAACGAGCGCAGCAACUUAAUCUUACCUGUGUAUUACAUGUAGUCUAGGCUCAGACUUUAUAGUGACCACACAGUACGUCCUCUCGUCCUACCCCAUGUGUUGUCAGAGAGCAGCUCCAGGAUCUCCUCUGCACUGGUUGGCAUGGAAAUGAGUGACUGGUUCCCCUGGUGAUUGUGCAGUGAUGCUUCGGUCAAAGUCACCCUGUUGUUAAUGCAUCCACAGCGGUAGAAUACCUCUGUUAAAACAGCGGUGCUGCCUGCAACCGUUUGGACAAACUGUCCUUUCAGUGUGUACCAUUUCCAUCACAGUGUCAUUUCUGAAUGUGAUGUGUAAAUAAAGCAUGAGAUAUUAUGGCCUGCUUUCAUUUAUAUUAUGGUUAGAGUAUUAAAAGAGGGUUAAUAUAAUAUAAUAAAGUAAGUCAACACUUUUUUUACUGUCCAUGGUCAUGUUUUUUAUCAAUAUGGAUGAAGGAAAUGGCUAUAUUUAAUGCUGCUGUAUGCUGUUGUGUUUUAGAGAGCCAGCUCAUACAAAUGAUUUUACAUGUAGAGGAUUGGUCUGAUCCAUCUCAGUGUUUUUUAGACUGGUGCAGGUAAGGCAAUGUUCAUUUUCUGCUACACACAGUGAGCUACAUGUGUCACUGCCUUGUGAAAACUUACCAAGGAAAUGUUUGUGAACUUCUCAUCUCGGGAGGCAUAGAAGAUAAAAUAAAAGUGUUUU